GCAGAAAGCGGCCCACACCCCCUUCGUGCUUGUUUGCUCUAGGGUUUUUGCCACGCCGCCGCCGUCCCUCUGCCCCUCCGACACCACCGAUACACCAAGAUGACGGCGCAGGCUGCGGAGGAGCUCGCCGCCCAGAUCGAGCAGCAGAAGCUCGAGGAGCAGAAGACCGAGGCAGAGGAGGUUGUGGUGGAGGAUGAGGACGAUGAUGACGAGGACGAUGACGAUGAUGACAAGGAUGAUGAUGAAUUGGAUGGACAUGAAGGGGAUGCCAGUGGCAAGUCCAAGCAAAGCAGGAGUGAGAAGAAGAGCCGCAAGGCCAUGCUGAAGCUUGGCAUGAAGCCCAUCACUGGUGUCAGCCGCGUCACUGUGAAGAAAAGCAAGAAUAUGCUUUUUGUCAUCUCCAAGCCAGAUGUGUUCAAGAGCCCGAAUUCAGACACCUACGUCAUAUUUGGCGAGGCCAAGAUCGAGGACCUCAGCUCUCAGCUGCAGACCCAGGCUGCAGAACAGUUCAAGGCUCCUGACUUGAGCCAAAUGAUCUCGAAGCCUGAGACAUCUGGCCUGGGUCAGGAGGACAAUGAGGAGGAGGUUGACGAAACUGGUGUUGAGGCCAAGGACAUUGAGCUGGUCAUGACCCAGGCAACUGUUUCGAGGGCCAAGGCUGUCAAGGCUCUCAAGGCUUCUAAUGGGGACAUCGUCACUGCCAUUAUGGAGUUGACUAAUUAGUGUUAUUUUUGUCAACCCUUUUUUUUAAACCAGAUGUAUGGUAUGGUAUGCAGCUUGAGCAUUAUCUGUGGACCAUAAUGCUUGCUUAGAUAAUUUUAUCAUGCUUGCUUCUUCGGUCAAGGUCAUUCAAACAUGGUUUCAUCUUUGCUGGCUUAUGCCUAGCAACAGUUUAUGGCACAGGCUGUUUGUCAAUGGCUCUGGUAUUUGACACUA